AUGGCAGAGGAAUUCCACACCAUAGGAAGAAGUGUGGUACACUUCCUUCAGCACCACUGCACCUAUUACAUCUUUACACCUCCAAUGAAGAACAGCAGAAACUUUUCUGAGAUCCCUGCUGCUGUUGCCAUGAUUCCUAGAACAGCCUUUUGGUUCUUCACCGUCUUAAUUCUUUUUGCCUCCCGCAACUCAUUUCCAGUUCACCAUUUGCUACAGGACAAUGAUGCUGAUGAUGGUGAACUGAGAGAUGAUAUUCCAGAAAUAAACUCAGAUCUCAAUGCCAAGGGGGUGAUUCUUAGAGCGUUUGAAGGAUUCCAUUUAAAAUCUUGUGUGCAUUUCAAGCCAUAUGAUGGGGAGAAAUCAUAUGUAAUAUUUCAGAAGUUUCAAGGGUGUUGGUCUGUAACUGGAGAUAAAAAAAGAGGCCAAAACCUUUCUAUUGGAGAUGGGUGUGACCACAAAGCUAUUGUAACACAUGAAAUUCUACAUGCUCUAGGAUUCUACCAUGAGCAGACACGGACGGACCGAGAUGAUUAUGUUGAAAUACAGUGGGACCAUGUGCUUCCAGCUCAAGAAUACAACUUUAAGAAACAUGGAACCAAGACUGUCACUGAUUUGAACACUCCGUAUGAUUAUGAGUCCAUCAUGCAUUAUGGCCCAUUUUCAUUUGGUAAAAAUUCAAGUUUAGCAACAAUUACCACAAAAAUGCCUGAGUUUAAUAUCAUUAUUGGCCAACGUCUGGAUUUCAGCAUUACUGAUUUAGACAGACUGAAUCGGAUGUACAACUGCACAAGAUCCCUCACUCUUUUGGACCAGUGUGACUUUGAGUCCAACGAAAUAUGUGGUCUGGUUCAAGAACCAGUUGGUGACGCUGGCUGGAUGCAUAAGAAAAGCAGUCCCAAGGGACAGGAUCACACCUACAUUCAACAAUGUGAAG